UUGCUGGCCUUGCCACGCUACCACGCCCUCACAAUACCAUCAUCACAACUCCCUGUAACGCCUCAGCAAGCCCCUCUCCCCCGACCCUCCGUAUCCUCCACUGUUUUGCCGGCCGCACAAUUUUAUGGGCGAUCCCCGUCACUCCAAAUCGCACCCUGUCCAUCCUUAUAACACACAUCUUUCCGCUAUUUAUUCGCAGCCUUCUCAAUUCUCUCCCGUGGACCCUCGCCGGUCCCAGUGGCUUCCAUUGCCCCCGUCCUUCUCUGCUCCGCCGCACGCCGUUCUCCCCCAGACCCCGACGUACCUUCUGCUCCAUCCAGCCUUCGCCCGUAACCGCGGUUACCUCUUCCACCCCGCCUCCCCACCCCUUGCCAGCUAUCCCGCCGUCAUCGUGUCUCCGCACCACGUCCUCCCGACCAGCGAGAGGGAUCACUCCCAUCCCGCCGUGAAGACCUCCUUCACCUCAUCUACCUCGGCGCCCACAUACCUCCAUGAGAAUACCCCCACGUUGCUCGGCGCACAAGACAGCGCCCCGUCGAUGACGUCCAACGGCGUUGGAACCGUGGCUCACAUCAGGCGAGACGAAAGAGUGCCAAUGCAUUCCCGAAGCCAGAAGCGGCCUUCCUUGGUCUCCCAGCACUCCAACUCGGUGCCCUCUACGCCGCUGCAGCUCGCUCGACAGUACGAGUCGCGCUCGCGGUCGCCCUCUCCCAAUGGCGGCUUGGGCAGCCACUCCCCCCGCUCCGUAUCGUCAGAGGCGAAUGGCGCCAUGCCUACUCUUAGAGCCCCUCGGCCGAACAGCUGCCGGUUCGAGACGAGCGCAGCAUUCGGUAGGAGACGAAUGCCGUACACGUCGUCGGACAUUCUGGAGAUGCCCAAGGAGGAGCCCAAAAAGACCCUCGAUCCACAUGAGGAUGAAAAGUUGAGUGGCGAUAUGAGGGAGUUGUACGACCGGUUACUGCCCAGUGAGGACGACGCGGAGAGGAGGCGGGCGUUUGUGAAGAAAUUGGAAAAGAUCCUUCACACCGAGUUUCCUGGAAACGAGUUCAAGGUCCAUGUUUUUGGCUCCUCUGGCAACAUGUUGUAUACGAGCGAAAGCGACGUGGAUAUCUGCAUCCAGACGCCGAUGAAACGGCUUGAAGAGAUGCACAUGCUGGCCGAGGCGCUCGACAAACACGGAAUGAAAAAGGUCGUCUGCAUCCCACAAGCCAAGGUGCGCAUCGUGAAAAUGUGGGAUCCAGAGCUCCGCUUGAACUCGGACAUGAAUGUAAACAACACGCUUGCCUUGGAAAACACGCGCAUGAUCAAGACGUAUGUACAGAUCGACGAGCGCGUGCGUCCUCUGGCCAUGAUCAUCAAAUACUGGGCAAAGCAGCGUAUCCUGAAUGAUGCUGCAACGGGUGGUACCAUCAGCUCGUAUACAUGGAUAUGCAUGAUCUUGAACUUUCUUCAGACGCGGGAUCCCCCCAUUAUACCCUCUUUACACAAGCUGCCCUAUCGUAAAAUCGACGAAGCAACAGGCAAGCCUUCCGAGUCCGAAUUCGCCGACGACCUGGAGAAGUUGAAGGGGUUUGGAGACAAGAACAAGGAGUCGCUUGGCCAGCUAUUGUUCCACUUCUUUCGGCUGUAUGGAUAUGAGUUGGACUACGAGAAGCGCGUGAUUUCCGUGCGUGAGGGUCGGUUGCUGACAAGAGAGGAAAAGAUGUGGCACCUUGUGAGCCUAAAAAAGGAAGCCCGGAAUAGGUUAUGCGUCGAGGAGCCUUUCAAUACCGAACGGAACCUCGGAAACUCGGCGGAUGACUUCGCCUGGCGGGGCAUCCACUUGGAGCUUCGGCGUGCAUUCGAUCUUCUUGCGGACAAUGGCCAGCUAGCCAAGGCUUGUGAGCAAUACGAAUUUCCCAAUGAGGAGAAGACAACCAUAUUCAAGAAGCCUGCUCCGACGGUAAAGCCGGUGCUGCAGACUGCGCCCAGCGUGCGUUCGGGCCGCGGAGGAUCCAGCCAGCGAGGAAAUCGUGGUGGACCGCAUCAAAGAAAUACCUACGGACCUCCCCGGAGGGCUUCCAGUGGCGCGUCCUUUGGUGCUCAUCGACCGCCCUUCCUCGCCGGCAACCCAAUGUCUCUUAUGGAGUACGCUCUCCCUCCCCGUGGACAUAACGAGCAGCUGCAUGAUCAAUUGAUGAACCAAUACCUUGCCCUUGAGAUGCAGUCCUUCAACCUGAGGGCUCAGUUUCAGGCGCAGCGCUCUCAUCACCAACAUCAGCAACAGCAGCAGCAGCAGCAGCAGCAGCAGCAACAACAGCAACAGCACCAACAGCAACAACAGCAGCAGCAGCAGCAGCAACCACCGCAGCAGCAGCAUGCUCGCGCCGCUCAGCCGCAAGCUCAUGCCCUUGCCCAAGGCCAAGACCAAUCACAAGUGCCUGGUCAUAACAGACAGGGAGCUCUGAAUGGCUCAUCGCAACAUUCUCCCUUCGUGAACGGUCCUUCUAGUCCUCAGAUACCGGAUUUGACCGGACACUCAUUUCAUCCGCAAUAUCUAUAUCCCUUUCCAGCCCAGUUUGACCCUUCCCAGUUCAUUGGAGCUGUACCGCAGGACGGACCAAGGACCAAUCCAUCAUCUCCAUCGCUGAACAACAGUCUCCCGCGAAGAAGUGUCCACCGUAUCUCAAACGCGAGCGACUCGGGAUCGAUCCGCUCACAGUCGCAACCGGCGCGUGGUGUACCACAGCCGCAGCCGCAGCCGCAUCUCCUUCCUACCUACCCUCCGUUGCCACAAUAUAUCGAUCCUUCGCUCUAUCCCAACUAUCCCAUCCCUCGAUCUACGCAGGAACCUACAGGGUCGUUAGCCGCCUCGGAGCCGUCAUAUAAUCCCGUAGCUGCUUAUCAAGAGACUGCCGCAUCCCUGGAUCAAAGCAUACCCAAAGAGUAUGUAGGGUAUCAUGUUGCAGAACAGCCUGAAGCUCGCGCCCAGCCGCAUGUUUCCAGCUAUUCUGUACAGCAGAUACCCAGCUACCAGGAACUUGUUCAGCGACGCACGCGCGCACCACCUGAGAUCACACAGCCGCUCCUGAAUACGGCUCUACGAAGGAUUUCACGGUCACCUUCGCCUCUCGGUGCACAUGCGCGCAGUUACUCGACAGGCGUCACACCUCCCUCUGUUGCCAGUCAACGCAAGGAUAGCAGCGACCCAGCUAUUCUCCCGAGGGAUGAUGGCCCUUUGAUUGUCAAUGGUUCUUUCCCAAUACGCGAGGCGAGGAGUCAAAGUGACACGAUGGAGGCGUUUCCCACCUUUGACACCUCACAUUCACCUUCCCUCGGUAUGUGCGCUGGCAGCAAUCCCUUUGGGAACUAUGGCAUGGUCUCCGCAGCAUAUGACCCGCAGAGCCUUCCAGAGGCCUACCAAGAACAUGGCAUCCCUUUCAACCUGAUACAUCCAAGUACAUGGCAUGGAAAUAUGGAUGGCAGCAGGCCAGAGGGAGUGAACGGAUUAUCCCUUGUCCAAAGCGGUGAACUUCAGCCCCCCUCGGCGGUAGAAGAGAGUUGGAUGAACUCAGCAUCACGCAAAGAUGAAAGUAAAAGCCCAAAAGACACGUCACCGGUCAGUCUGCCUUCUCCACAAGCGCAACCUGUCAGGUACACGAAUGGGUUGAACCGUCUCGAAACCGACAGUGUGCCCAGAGACUCGCCACAGGAAAUUGGAUCCGCUGGCGGGCCGCUACUUUCACCAGUGUUUGAGGCCCGCACCCCCUCGCCUACGGCAAAUCGUCACCAGGACCGCCGAAUGCUUGCGAAUGGUAACAAGUCUACACCUGGAGAGAAGGAGGAGCAGUUACAGCAGCCGCCACAGCCGCCACCGCAGCUCCCCGGCCCUUUGCAAGCAUCUGGACAUGCUGGACCACCAGGUCAGAGCUCUAAGGACAAUGCUAAGGCCACCCAGCACAGAGGUGCCACGCAGGCGAACGAAAAGCACAGCAAGCCAGCUGCGGGGACGACGGGUGCGACUACAGGUGGCUGGCAAGCAACCAGGAAGUCAAAGAAGAAGAAGGGGGGAAGUAAGGCUGGCGAACCUCUCCCACCGAACGCAGCAGACCGGAAAGGUGGAUAAUAUUCGCACCUAGAUCUCUAGCCCCAGAAACCAUGCCCUCUGGCUGUUGCUGGCUUGGCCGCCAUGAUAGCAUUCGUUGGGUCUUGUUGGAUAGCUUGCUGCGGCGUAUACACGCUCGUCGGUGUUGGAUUGAUGCAAUCGUGUGUGUUCAGGCGAGAGGGCGACUGUG